AUGUUGCCCACUGCUUGGCCGGUCUUUGAUUCCUUGCCACUGGUGACACCUUCUAUACCAUUGGGCAUAGCUUUCGAGUUGGCUUUACAACAGUGAGUGCAAUCGUAACCGAAGUAUGUGAAGCGAUAUGCAGACAUAUGGAACAUAUAUAUUUACCAGAACCAACAGAGAAUAUAUGGAAAAAAUGUGCUG